UGACGGUUUUCUAGGUACGCUAGAAAUCUAGAUCCCAGCUGAGAGCAAGCCUACAAGUUCAGGCAUUUCCUGAGGAGAAGCAGCACCUUUUCUUCUUGCCGCCACUGGCGCGUUUUCUGCAGCCUGAAUCCAGCUUGUGGAUGGGCCAAGGAGGUCCAUCUUUUGUACCAAAGUGCCCGUGGCCGUCGUCUCAAUCAACAGCCUCUUGGGUUAGUGUAAGUUCCUCCAGUCCUGCGCCAAGCAUAAUAUCUGCGCUUGCUUUUUGCAAGAGGACAGCCGCUAAAAUCCCGUAAGUUUUCGAGAUCUUGCAUUUUAAGGUGGGCCCCCGCAGGUUUUUCAACAUGUUGUCGUCGGACGACAGCGACUUCCGGUUUAGCACCGGGUUGCAGAACCAUGAUGAGAAGAAGUCCCUUAUCAAGGAGCACUCGCUGGCGCUCAGCGAUAGCAAGCUUCCACGCCCUUCAAACCUCCCCCCGUUCUCUCUUGAUGGCCCUGACAAGAACGUUGGCAAGAGCCCGAGAAAGAUCAUCACAAAGAGCCCCAGCAGGGCUCGGAUGAUGCCGGGGAUGAGCAGAAUUCCGAGCAGCAACAGUCCAAAGGGGUGGAGCUUUGACGAUUUCGAACAUGAGUACAAUGCGCAGCAGCACUCCCCCGAUCUCCGGCCACUGUCGACCCCUAGAACGCCAGCCCUCUCCCCUAGAAGCUCCUUUAGCAAUCUGCCGCUGAUGUCCGGAAUGCAGCACCCCAUGGUCCAAGAAGCGGAGGACCUCUUGCACAAGUCACUGAUAUACUUCAGGGGCAAGCCAAUUGGGACGAUCGCGGCCAUCCAGGACGGGACUGAAGAGGCUCUCAAUUACAAUCAGGUUUUCGUGCGGGACUUCGUGCCUUCAGCACUAGCGUUUUUGAUGAAAGGCGAGCCUGAGAUUGUCCGGAACUUCUUGAUGAAGACGCUGCGGCUGCAAGCAUGGGAGAAGAGGAUAGACUGCUUUACUCUCGGGGAGGGGGUCAUGCCGGCCAGCUUCAAAGUGCUCCACGACCCUGUCCGGAACACUGACACAAUGAUUGCUGACUUUGGGGAAAGUGCGAUCGGACGAGUAGCCCCAGUGGAUUCCGGGUUCUGGUGGAUCAUUCUGCUGCGAGCAUACGGACGAGCGACGGGGGAUCACACGCUUGCAGACCAUCCAGACAUCCAGCGGGGGAUUAUCCUCAUUCUCCAGCUGUGUCUGGCGGACGGGUUUGACACGUUCCCGACGUUGCUGUGUGCGGACGGCUGCUGUAUGAUUGACCGGCGGAUGGGGAUUUACGGGUAUCCGAUCGAGAUCCAGGCGCUGUUCUACCAUGCAUUGAGGUGCGCCAAGCAGAUGCUGAAGCCGGAGGGGGAGGGCAAGGACUUUCUGGAGCGGGUAGACAAGCGGCUGUACGCGCUGACGUUCCACAUGCGCAACUACUUCUGGCUGGACCACUCCAGCCUGAACAACAUCUACAGGUACAAGACGGAGGAGUACUCUGAGACCGCGGUGAACAAGUUCAACGUCAUCCCCGACUCCAUCCCCGACUGGGUCAUGGACUUCAUGCCGCGCAAGGGCGGUUACUUCAUUGGGAACGUGUCCCCCGCGCGCAUGGACUUCCGGUGGUUCGCCAUCGGCAACUGCAUGGCCAUUAUCUCGUCGCUCGCCACCACGGAGCAGGCCAACAUGAUCAUGGAUCUGAUCGAGGCGCGCUGGGACGAGUUAGUCGGGGAGAUGCCCAUGAAGGCGACGUACCCGGCGCUAGAAGGGCACGAGUGGCGGCUCAUCACGGGGUGCGACCCGAAGAACACGCGGUGGUCGUACCACAACGGCGGCUCGUGGCCGGUCAUCUCCUGGAUGCUGACGGCGGCGGCGAUCAAGGUGGGGCGGCCGCACGUGGCCAAGAAAGCGGUGGAUCUGCUCGAGGAGGUGCUCGGGAAGGACGGCUGGCCCGAGUACUACGACGGAAAGUCGGGCCAGUUCAUCGGCAAGCAAGCCCGCAAGAACCAGACAUGGUCCGUGACCGGAUACUUGGUGGCCAAAAUGCUCCUGGAGGACCCCAGCCAUUUGGGCCUCAUCAGCCUAGAAGAGGACAAGAAGGCGGCGAAGCCUCAACUCACGCGCUCAGUCUCCUGGAACGGGUUUAUGAAUCUUUGAGACUAAAUGUGCGGCGAGGAUCUGUGUACGCCUUGUUGACCUACUGCCACAUGCACCGCACCAGAACUGUAGGGUUAGUAUCGAGAGAGUUGAGAUAUUCAAACGUGCAUUACUUCUGAACUUCAAUAAGCUCCAACAGGAGGUCUCAAUAAUCAGGGUGAUGCUUAACCCAGGUCAAGCGCGAGAGGAAGCGUUGGAAGUAGGUACUCGCGCGCUGGACUUGCUUCACAGUGCUGGGUCGUUCUCAGCUAGGUCGGCUGUUUGUGCAUUAACCGCUCAAAGGUCGAGUGUCAAUGUUACCUUCUCAAACUG